AUGGGUGCAAGCAUCACGCCUCCAGAUCUCAGCGGGCUGCUGGCCCCAAUCCUGCCCGCUCUCCCAACAGCCACUGCCUCGACCGAGCCGGCUGCGGGCAUCCUGCCUCUCCUCUCGCCCAUUCUCAGACAGCGAGUGAAGCUGUUUUCCGCCGGCAGCACCGAGCCCUGGCUGAGGCUGCUCUCCUACGACACGGCCAAGGCUGCGCAGCUGACCGAGCUGGUGCAGAAUGGAAGCCUGGAACCGCAUCCUGUUUCAGGCGAGGUUGAGGUAGACUGGGACUACGACGUCGAGACAAGAUACAAGAGAUUGGAUCAAGAGACUCUGCAUGCAUUGACAGUCCUGGUCGGUGUCGGGCUUGCCUUCCAGCUGGUGUACUGCGUCAACGACGCCGAGGGCGGCAGCGAUGGCUGGAGAAUCGGAGAAGUGACUGCAGCAGACAAGGCCGCUCCCUUUGCGCAAUUCGGCGGCGUUGCCACCCUCGCAGAGGCAGAGGCCAAGUUCCAGCAGCCCAGAAUCUCCGAACCCUCCGUGGUCAGCUCCAAUGGGUCGACCACCAGCGGCUCAGAUCACAUGGAGGAGGACGAUGACGAUGGAUACUGGGACCGCUACGAUGCCACUCCCGCGCGCACUCCGGCCGUCAACCGCUCCCCGGCUCCCCAGGCCGCCGCUGGCGCUUCUGCUCCCACAUCCGCACCCUCCCACUGGAGCGCUUAUGAUGCCUCUGCCGCAAUGGAUGACGAUGACGAUGACGACUACUAUGCGCAGUACGACUCCGUCCAGCCGGCAAUGGACAACCAUGAUCCAGAUGAGGAGGCCAUGGUGCGAGCUCACAUCCAACCACCCCUCGGCCUCAGCCGCUCCAACGACUCCGUCGUCAUCACAGACGCCUCCGAACCUCAAAACCCCUGGUCUUACACAGAGACAAACAACAACCAAAGUCAAGACGACGAACUGCUUUCCGCCAGAGAGCUCGCCCUCCUCCACCCACGCCCCAGAUCCAGCGCCAGCUCCAGCUCCAACGGCUCCAUGACCGUCGCCAAGCUCGAGGCCUCUGCAGUGAAGCAAGAGCAAAACGAUUUCGGCGUCAAGCAGCACGUGUCGCGCAGCAUUCGCAGUUUGUUCCUGCUUGCGCGGUCAUCGGGCAUCGAGAGGGAGGAGUUUGAGCAGCUGGUGAAGAGGGAGAUGGACGUUUUGUCCCUGAUGGAGGACCAAGAGUGA